CUCACCUGGCGCCCGCCGCUCACCUGGCGCCGAGCGCGCCCCCAUCCUCCCGGCCCCUCCGCGCGGCCGCCGCCCCUCGCCGCGCUGGCCCCCGCGCCCACCUGCGACACGAAGAGCCGCGCGCUUCGGACGCACCGGAGGAGCCUCCUCGGCCUGCGCGCGCCAAGAGGACAGGGGUUAAAAUGAAUGAAGACCUGAAGGCGAAUUUAAGCGGCUCGCCUCGGGACUCAGAUGCCGGCGCUGUUGCGGAGAACGUCUCGGCUGCUGUCUCCUCCCAGUUUCCUGAGCCAGACCCAGAGCUGGUUGUCAACCCCUGGGACAUUGUCUUGUGUACCUCAGGAACCCUCAUCUCCUGUGAAAAUGCCAUCGUGGUCCUUAUCAUCUUCCACAAUCCCAGCCUGCGAGCACCCAUGUUCCUGCUGAUAGGCAGCCUGGCUCUGGCAGACCUGCUGGCUGGCAUUGGACUCAUCAUCAAUUUUGUUUUUGCUUACCUGCUUCAGUCAGAAGCCACCAAGCUGGUCACCAUAGGACUCAUUGUCGCCUCUUUCUCUGCCUCUGUCUGCAGCUUGCUGGCCAUUACGGUGGACCGCUACCUUUCCCUGUAUUACGCUCUGACUUACCAUUCCGAGAGGACGGUCACGUUUACCUAUGUCAUGCUUAUCAUGCUCUGGGGGACCUCCAUCUGCCUGGGACUGCUGCCUGUCAUGGGCUGGAACUGCCUCAGGGACGAGUCCACCUGCAGCGUGGUCAGACCUCUCACCAAGAACAACGCUGCCAUCCUCUCCAUCUCCUUCCUCUUCAUGUUUGCGCUCAUGCUUCAGCUCUACAUCCAGAUCUGUAAGAUUGUGAUGAGGCACGCCCACCAGAUAGCCCUGCAGCACCACUUCCUGGCCACCUCGCACUACGUGACCACUCAGAAAGGGGUCUCGACCCUGGCCAUCAUCCUGGGCACUUUUGCUGCUUGCUGGAUGCCUUUCACCCUCUAUUCCUUGAUAGCUGAUUACACCUAUCCCUCCAUCUACACCUAUGCCACCCUCCUGCCCGCCACCUACAAUUCCAUCAUCAACCCUGUCAUAUAUGCUUUCAGAAACCAAGAGAUCCAGAAAGCCCUCUGCCUCAUUUGCUGUGGCUGCAUCCCCUCCAGUCUCUCUCAGAGAGCGCGGUCACCCAGCGAUGUGUAGCGGCACCCCACUUACAGGAUACACACACUCAAUGCUGCAUUUACCAAGCACUUCCACUGCCUGGCCAAUGGCUGAGAUGGUUUCCUUAAAUUCUUUACAUUGGAUUCUCUCUCCAGCCCCAGGAGCACUUAGCAUUCAUGAAGCAUUCAUUUAGAUGAGUUAAGUGAUUGAAGUGAAAAUAAUGUUACACCCUUUGAAAACAAUUGUUGAGUUUAUUGCUCAAUAUUAUUUUGUUUUGUUUAGGGGUGGGGGGUUUUCUAUUCUAUUUGGAGGGUUGGUGGUGGGUGGGAAAGGAAGGUAUAUGGCAUGGCCAUGAUGUUAUUAAAAGGUAGACUGGUCCCAGAAUUUUUACCUGGACUUUAAAACUGAGUUAUUGAGGAAAAUGGAGAAGUUACUUUUUCCAGACUUCUUAAAUGUCAAAGUAGAUUUUCAAUGCUGCAUGUUUCUAAUGGAAUACAAUCUCUUUCAAGCCCAUGAAACUAUUUUACAUGAUUACAUUUGAAAGGGACCUGAUUUUGUUAACAUGAACUCAGUAAUAAGUUCCAACACCGAAACCAUGAACCCAUUCUUACUCAUUCUUUCUUUACUUUCAGCAAUUACUGUUCACAAAAAUUACUCUGGUAUUUCUAUGAAUGUUGUAACUCUUUCUGCAUGGUUGCCUGUGUUAGCUAGACCACUGGUUUCAAAUGUUGCCAUGUAAAUCCACAAUCAAAUGAGUCAUUUUUCAAUACAGGUUUUUACUAUGUCCUUCUAAAGUGAAUCAUGACAUUUAAAAAAAAUUAAAUAUGAAGUAGAAUUGAGUAGAUCCACCAUUGUCAUUUCUUAAGCUACAGUCUGACUGUUUAUAGGGAAAAAAAUAAUAACAUCUUUUGAAAGUAUUUAGAUUAAAUUUAUUUUAGUAUAUUCUGAAAAAUAAAUCAAUGUAAAACAUUCAUGAAAUAUGGAAAACAUCAUUUUUCCUAUCUCUGUCUAUCUAGCAUUGUAUUAAUAGUUAUUCCUGACUGAGACAAAUAGAAGUAAAUAUUGUAGACCAAGUACUCCUGGUUCAUAUUGUCUGUGGUGUAAAAGCAUUUGAAACAGGUGGUCUCCUAUUUUAAUGAUUAAGUUUGUGAGUGCAUAACACACAUAUCUGACUGUGAUGUAUCACGUUAGUUCAAAAGUGGAGUGACCAUGUGGCUGUUCAUAAAAAACUUCAGUUUGAACUCCUUUUCUUUCCUCUCACAAAAAUACCUUAAAUGCAAUAAAAACUGUAUUGAUUGUUUUCAGAGAGCAAGGAUUUAGUGAGGAAAUUACACAGAAGAAUUUGUUUUAAACGUAUUGUAAAAUCAUUGUGUCUGAGCAUCAUUUCUGUUAGCACAGGCAGGCGUUUUGAACACAGACAUCUUCCCUCCAUGGGCAGUGGAUUUAUAACCAGUGGAAGAAUGUCUGUACAGCCCCUGGGCUUAGCCCAUUCAGAUGGUGACAAGACCAGUAGUUCGGGGUCCCUGAGGCAUCAUUUGUGAUAAAUUAACCUCACUGGUUUGUCCCCAGUGUUAUGCCCAUGGUGGUGUCAGGAUCGUUGUGGCAGCCUGCCUGCUAUUUUCAUCUUUCCAAAGCCCCUUCUAAAGUAACACAAGUAUGAAUAAGCCCUCUUCUCAAACCUGUGUCUCCUUUCUUAGGUUACUUGUUGAAGCAGGAGACAGAUUAAAAUAUUUCAGAAGUGGAAAAGGAUUUUCAGUGCAUAUUAUCAAUCUAAUCAAGCUGAUGCCUUGAAAGAAUUUCUUCAACAUGCAAUUGAGUUGGUAGAUUGAAUAUGAUGAAUCUGUUUGUUUUUGAUCACUCAAAGUCAGUAGUAGCAUUCCAUGGGAGAAAUGGCUAAGGUCUGUUUUUAACAUCCUCUUCUUCACUAAGCAUUUCCCCCUUUUGGGACCAAGGCCAAUCCCCAGAGGCACUGUGCAAUAUUUUAGUGCAAAGAGCAGCAAAAAUACUCUAAUAGUUACAGUGGUCAUUACAUCUACUGGGCUUCUUUUCUGCCCAAGGAGGUGAGCACAUUUUUUUAUUCAAUAGAAGUAUGUUAAAAUACAUAGUUGAAAUAGAUUUUAAUAUAUAACUUAAAUAUCUACAUAGUAUAAAAUAUGCAGAAGAAAUUACAGAAGAAGUCCCAGACAUUUUUAAUCAUAAAAAUUCAAAUAGCAACAUUAAGCACCAGUGAACAAACUUUCAAUUGAAAAUAAGUUUGGAGCAGAAAUGAAAAUAUUUACUAGGGCACAGAUUUCCCUGGUAGUCGACUAUUUCAAUAUUUUAAAAAGUAAAAGAACAUUAUAUUGGCAUUCUCUGAAAAGCUUGAAUUUGUGUUUCUCACCAGACAGCAUACUUUGAAUCUAUGGCACUUAUUUGGGUUGGUGAAAAUAUCAUAAAGUUUUCAUAUGAGGGGGGAUGAUGGCCUGUCUUUCACAGACAUCAUGGUUACAGGGCUAAAACCUAAGGGAAAUUUGAUCUAACUACAUCCUUGCUUCUUCCAGGAUCCUUUGGAACUCUAAGCAAAUGUAUUCUUGGAUACUAUAGAAUCUAAGAAUUGGGAGCAAACUUAUGGAGUGGAACUUUCUAUAUCAAAUCUAAAUCAUCUAAGUCAAGAUAUCUUUGAAACUAAAGUUCUACACCUUCCCUCCAUGCUCAGCAGUGUUUUAAUAUUCCUAAUCCCAGUCUUUCUUAUUACACGCUAAUUCUAUUUGUCUUGAGCCAGCCCCUGGAGAUACAGAGAAUGCCCUAGUCACAGUCAACAUUUAUGUCUUGCAAAUAUUGAUUAAACCAUAUUAUUGUUCUUUUCUUUUUCAAAUAAAAUUAUCUUAAUUCCUUAAA